AAGAGCCGAGCGCCUUGAAGUAAAAACUUUCAGUAAAUGACACGAGGAGGAUCUGGGUCCAGGAAGUCACGCACAGAAGGGUUACGGAAAUCCCCCGGCCGGGGUGGCCACCAGGGGUGAGGAGGAAGUGCGUGUGGUUUUCACCCUGGAGUUCCCCAGAGCCCUGGAGGAAAGCACCGCAGGCUAGAGCAGCCCUGGGCGGGGCAGGGUGGGGGCGGUGGCUAAGGCCAAGCUGAGGACAAUUUAAAGGUGUCGCGACACUCAGCCACACCCAACAGGCCAAGCGAGGGUGCCACCCCCGGAGAUCAGAGGUUAUUGCUGGCGUGCAGAGCCUAGGAGUCGGGCUGCGGUAUCAGCCUAGAAGUAAAACUGACCAAAAGCCAUGCACAAAGCUACCUUCCCGGAGAAAGGCUGGUCCCUUCCCCUCUCUGUCGUCUCAUCAUGAACAUGGUUCAAGACAGCGCCUUCCUGGCCAAGCUGAUGAAGAGUGCCGACACCUUUGAGUUGAAGUACGAUUUUUCAUGUGAGCUGUAUCGAUUGUCCACAUAUUCAGCCUUCCCCGCUGGAGUUCCUGUCUCGGAAAGGAGUCUGGCUCGUGCCGGCUUUUACUACACUGGUGUCAAUGACAAGGUCAAGUGCUUCUGCUGCGGCCUGAUGUUGGACAACUGGAAACAAGGGGACAGUCCCAUUGAGAAGCACAGAAAGCUGUAUCCCAGCUGCAGCUUUGUACAGACUCUGAAUCCAGCCAACAGUUUGGAAGCUAUUCCCAAGCCUUCUCUUCCUUCCAAAACGACAAGCGCCAUGUCUCCAAGCCUUGCUCAUUCAGAGAGCACUGGCUAUUUCAGUGGCUCAUACUCAAGCUUUCCCUCAGAGCCUGUGAACUUCAGAGCAAAUCAAGAUUGUCUUGCUUUGAGCACAAGUCCCUACCACUUUGCAAUGAACACAGAGAAGGCCAGAUUACUCACCUAUCAAACGUGGCCAUUGUCUUUUCUGUCACCAGCAGAGCUGGCCAAAGCAGGCUUCUACUACAUAGGACCUGGAGAUAGAGUGGCCUGCUUUGCAUGUGAUGGGAAGCUGAGCAACUGGGAACGGAAGGAUGAUGCAAUGUCAGAGCACCAGAGGCAUUUCCCCAGCUGCCCAUUCUUAAAAGAUAUGGGUCAGUCUGCUUCGAGAUACACUGUCUCUAACCUGAGCAUGCAGACACACGCAGCCCGUGUUAGAACCUUCUCUACCUGGCCGUCUAGUGCUCUAGUUCAUCCCCAGGAACUUGCAAGCGCGGGCUUUUAUUAUACAGGACACAGUGAUGAUGUCAAGUGCUUCUGCUGUGAUGGUGGGCUGAGGUGCUGGGAAUCUGGAGAUGACCCCUGGGUGGAACACGCCAAGUGGUUCCCAAGGUGUGAGUAUUUGAUCAGAAUCAAAGGCCAAGAGUUUGUCAGCCAGGUUCAAGCCGGUUACCCUCAUCUACUUGAGCAGCUGUUGUCGACAUCAGACUCACCGGAAGAUGAGACUGCAGAAGCAGCAAUCAUGCAUUUCGGCCCUGGAGAAAGUUCGGAAGAUGUCGUCAUGAUGAGCACGCCUGUGGUUAAAGCAGCCUUGGAAAUGGGCUUCAGUAGGAGCCUGGUGAGACAGACGGUUCAGCGUCAGAUCCUGGCCACUGGUGAGAACUACAGGACAGUCAGUGACCUCGUGAUAGGCUUACUGGAUGCAGAAGACGAGAUGAGAGAAGAGCAGAUGGAACAGACUGCUGAGGAGGAGAAAGAGUCAGAUGAUUUAGCAUUAAUCCGGAAGAACAAAAUGGUGCUUUUUCAACAUUUGACGUGUGUGACACCAAUCCUGGAUUGCCUCCUAAGUGCCGGGGCCAUCACUGAACAGGAGUACAAUGCUGUGAAACAGAAACCGCACACCUUACAAGCAAGAACACUGAUUGAUACUGUGUUAGCGAAAGGAAACACCGCAGCGACCUCGUUCAGAAACUCCCUUCAGGAAAUCGACCCUGUGUUAUAUAGAGAUAUAUUUGUGCAACAGGACAUUAGGAGUCUUCCCACAGGUGACAUUGCAGCUCUACCGAUGGAAGAACAGUUGCGGAAACUCCAGGAAGAGAGAACGUGUAAAGUGUGUAUGGACCGAGAGGUGUCUAUCGUGUUCAUUCCAUGUGGCCAUCUGGUGGUGUGCAAGGACUGUGCUCCCUCUCUGAGGAAGUGUCCCAUCUGCAGAGGGACCAUCAAGGGCACAGUGCGCACAUUUCUUUCCUGAACAGGACUGAUGGUCCACGGCUGCGACCCCAGCCAGGAGGAGCAGAAAUUCAGUGUCACUCCCAGCUCCAUAAGGAACUUGAGGCCAGCCUGGACCACAUGAGACACUGCCAAACAAACAAAUAGAAAAAUGAAAAACAUGGGAAAAAAGAAAAACCUUUGUCUAAACUCAAGAAUGAAUGGAUUACUUAUAUAAUAAUUUUAAUUGGUUUCCUUAAAAGUGCUAUUUAUUCCCAACUCAGAAAACUAUUUUCUGUAAACAUAUUUACGUACUACCUAUAUCUAAAGCAUAUCUGUUCAUAAUUCAGAUGCCAUGAGAGAGGGUUUUGUUCUUGUUCCUGAAAAGUAGGGAUUGCCUGCACUCCUGAAAUUCUCAGAGAAGAUAUACAAUGUUGGCAUUUAUGGUUCAGAAGUUAGAAUCUUCUCGAGUUGCUUUAAGAAGGGGGAGCACAGAUUUCCAUGUGUUUUAUGCAUAGAAAUUUUUGUUAUUUAUUGCAUGACAUUUUAGAAAUAUGGAAUUUUUUAUAAAGAAUUUGUGAAGAAAAAUUAAUAAAGCAAUGCAAUUACAGUUUAUUAAA